AUGGACUACCCGGAUAAUGCUGAUAUCUGUUCGAAAAAUCCUUCUUUGGCGGAAUGUUUUGGGUCAACCACCACUGCUGUAGAAACUACUGAAGAACCAACCCCUCAGAACUUCACAACUCAGAAGACAACCACAACUCAAUCUACAACAGAGCCAACGACAGCAAGGACAACAGAGCCUACUACUGAAACAUAUACACAGCCAACAACCGCAAAGACAACUACUGCCGAAUCAACAACCGAAAAGUCUACUACAGAACCAACAACCGCUAAGGCAACCACCAAAACAUCAACUACCGAGAAGACUACCACAGAGCCGACAACCACAAGGGAAACAUCAACCAAAGCCACAACCGAACCAACAACACAGAAGGCGACUACUAUAAAAACUACAACAGAACCAACCACUGAGAACUCCACAACUCAGAAGACAACCACAACUCAAUCUACAACAGAGCCAACGACAGCAAGGACAACAGAGCCUACUACUGAAACAUCAACAACCGAAAAGACUUCUACACAGCCAACAACCAUUAAAACAACUACUGCCACAUCAACAACCGAAAAGUCGACUACAGAACCAACAACCGCUAAGGCAACCACCAAAACAUCAACUACCGCGAAGACUACCACAGAGCCGACAACCACAAGGGCAACAUCAACCAAAGCCACAACCCAACCAACAACACAGACGGCGACUACCGUAAAAACUGCAGCAGAACCAACCACUGAGAACUCCACAACUCAGAAGACAACCACCAUUAAAUCUACAACAGAGCCAACGACAGCAAGGGCAACAGAGCCUUCUACUAAAACAUCAACAACCGAAAAGUCUACUACAGAACCAACAACCGGUAAGGCAACCACCAAAACAUCAACUACCGAGAAGACUACCACAGAGCCGACAACCACAAGGGCAACGACAACCAAAGCCACAACCGAGCCAACCCCACAGAAGGCGACUACCGUAACAACUACAGCAGAACCAACCACUGAGAACUCCACAACUCAGAGGACAACAGAGCCUACUACUGAAACAUCUACACAGCCAACAACCGCAAAGGCAAUUACUGAAAAGCCAACCACCGCAAAGACAACUACUGCAAUAUCAACAACCGAAAAGUCUACUUCAGAGCCAACAACUGCUAAGGCAACCACUAGAACAUCAACUACCGAGAAGACUACCACAGAGCCGACAACCACAAGGGCAACGACAACCAAAGCCACAACCGAGCCAACCACACAGAGGGCGACUACCGUAACAACUACAGCAGAACCAACCACUGAGAACUCCACAACUCAGAAAACAACCACAACUCAAUCUACAACAGAGCCAACGACAGCAAGGACAACAGAGCCUACUACUGAAACAUCUACACAGCCAACAACCGCAAAGGCAACUACUGAAACGUCAACAACCGCAAAGACAACUACUGCCACAUCAACAACUGAAAAGUUUAGUACAGAACCAACAACCGCUAAGGCAACCACUAAAACAUCAACUACCGAGAAGACUACCACAGAGCCGACAACCACAAGGGCAACGACAACCAAAGCCACAACCGAGCCAACCACACAGAGGGCGACUACCGUAACAACUACAGCAGAACCAACCACUGAGAACUCCACAACUCAGAAAACAACCACAACUCAAUCUACAACAGAGCCAACGACAGCAAGGACAACGGAGCCUACUACUGAAACAUCUACACAGCCAACAACCGCAAAGGCAACUACUGAAACGUCAACAACCGCAAAGACAACUACUGCCACAUCAACAACUGAAAAGUCUAGUACAGAACCAACAACCGCUAAAGCAACCACUAAAACAUCAACUACCGAGAAGACUACCACAGGGCCGAAAACCACAAGGGCUACGACAACCAAAGCCACAACCGAGCCAACCACACAGAGGGCGACUACCGUAACAACUAGAGCAGAACCAACCACUGAGAACUCCACAACUCAGAAGACAACCACAACUCAAUCUACAACAAAGCCAACGACAGCGAGGACAACAGAGCCUACUACUGAAACAUCUACACAGCCAACAACCGCAAAGGCAACUACUGAAACGUCAACAACCGCAAAGACAACUACUGCCACAUCAACAACUGAAAAGUCUACUACAGAACCAACAACCGCUAAGGCAACCACUAAAACAUCAACUACCGAGAAGACUACCACAGAGCCGACAACCACAAGGGCAACGACAACCAAAGCCACAACCGAGCCAACCACACAGAGGGCGACUACCGUAACAACAACAACGACAGCAAGGACAACAGAGCCUUCUACUAAAACAUCAACAACCGAAAAGACUUCUACACAGCCAACAACCGCAAAAACAACUACUGCAACAUCAACAACCGAAAAGUCUACUUCAGAGCCAACAACUGCUAAGGCAACCACUAGAACAUCAACUACCGAGAAGACUACCACAGAGCCGACAACCACAAGGGCAACGACAACCAAAGCCACAACCGAGCCAACCACACAGAGGGCGACUACCGUAACAACUACAGCAGAACCAACCACUGAGAACUCCACAACUCAGAAAACAACCACAACUCAAUCUACAACAGAGCCAACGACAGCAAGGACAACAGAGCCUACUACUGAAACAUCUACACAGCCAACAACCGCAAAGGCAACUACUGAAACGUCAACAACCGCAAAGACAACUACUGCCACAUCAACAACUGAAAAGUUUAGUACAGAACCAACAACCGCUAAGGCAACCACUAAAACAUCAACUACCGAGAAGACUACCACAGAGCCGACAACCACAAGGGCAACGACAACCAAAGCCACAACCGAGCCAACCACACAGAGGGCGACUACCGUAACAACUACAGCAGAACCAACCACUGAGAACUCCACAACUCAGAAAACAACCACAACUCAAUCUACAACAGAGCCAACGACAGCAAGGACAACGGAGCCUACUACUGAAACAUCUACACAGCCAACAACCGCAAAGGCAACUACUGAAACGUCAACAACCGCAAAGACAACUACUGCCACAUCAACAACUGAAAAGUCUAGUACAGAACCAACAACCGCUAAAGCAACCACUAAAACAUCAACUACCGAGAAGACUACCACAGAGCCGACAACCACAAGGGCAACGACAACCAAAGCCACAACCGAGCCAACCACACAGAGGGCGACUACCGUAACAACUACAGCAGAACCAACCACUGAGAACUCCACAACUCAGAAGACAACCACAACUCAAUCUACAACAAAGCCAACGACAGCGAGGACAACAGAGCCUACUACUGAAACAUCUACACAGCCAACAACCGCAAAGGCAACUACUGAAACGUCAACAACCGCAAAGACAACUACUGCCACAUCAACAACUGAAAAGUCUACUACAGAACCAACAACCGCUAAGGCAACCACUAAAACAUCAACUACCGAGAAGACUACCACAGAGCCGACAACCACAAGGGCAACCACAACCAAAGCCACAACCGAGCCAACCACACAGAGGGCGACUACCGUAACAACUACAGCAGAACCAACCACUGAGAACUCCACAACUCAGAAGACAACCACAACUCAAUCUACAACAGAGCCAACGACAGCAAGGACAACAGAGCCUACUACUGAAACAUCUACACAGCCAACAACCGCAAAGGCAAUUACUGAAACGUCAACAACCGCAAAGACAACUACUGCAAUAUCAACAACCGAAAAGUCUACUUCAGAGCCAACAACCGCUAAGGCAACCACCAAAACAUCAACUACCGAGAAGACUACCACAGAGCCGACAACCACAAGGGCAACGACAACCAAAGCCACAACCGAGCCAAUCACACAGAAGGCGACUACCGUAACAACUACAGCAGAACCAACCACUGAGAGCUCCACAACUCAGAGGACAACCACAACUCAAUCUACAACAGAGCCAACGACAGCAAGGACAACAGAGCCUUCUACUAAAACAUCAACAACCGAAAAGACUUCUACACAGCCAACAACCGCAAAAACAACUACUGCAACAUCAACAACCGAAAAGUCUACUUCAGAGCCAACAACUGCUAAGGCAACCAGUAGAACAUCAACUACCGAGAAGACUACCACAGAGCCGACAACCACAAGGGCAACGACAACCAAAGCCACAACCGAGCCAACCACACAGAGGGCGACUACUGUAACAACUACAGCAGAACCAACCACUGAGAACUCUACAACUCAGAAGACAACCACUACUCAAUCUACAACAGAGCCAACGACAGCAAGGACAACAGAGCCUACUACUGAAACAUCUACACAGCCAACAACCGCAAAGGCAACUACUGAAACGUCAACAACCGCAAAGACAACUACUGCCACAUCAACAACUGAAAAGUCUACUACAGAACCAACAACCGCUAAGGCAACCACUAAAACAUCAACUACCGAGAAGACUACCACAGAGCCGACAACCACAAGGGCAACGACAACCAAAGCCACAACCGAGCCAACCACACAGAGGGCGACUACUGUAACAACUACAGCAGAACCAACCACUGAGAACUCCACAGCUCAGAAGACAACCACAACUCAAUCUACAACAGAGCCAACGACAGCAAGGACAACAGAGCCUACUACUGAAACAUCUACACAGCCAACAACCGCAAAGGCAACUACUGAAACGUCAACAACCGCAAAAACAACUACUGCAACAUCAACAACCGAAAAGUCUACUUCAGAGCCAACAACUGCUAAGGCAACCAGUAGAACAUCAACUACCGAGAAGACUACCACAGAGCCGACAACCACAAGGGCAACGACAACCAAAGCCACAACCGAGCCAACCACACAGAGGGCGACUACCGUAACAACUACAGCAGAACCAACCACUGAGAACUCUACAACUCAGAAGACAACCACAACUCAAUCUACAACAGAGCCAACGACAGCAAGGACAACAGAGCCUACUACUGAAACAUCUACACAGCCAACAACAGCAAAGGCAACUACUGAAACGUCAACAACCGCAAAGACAACUACUGCCACAUCAACAACUGAAAAGUCUACUACAGAACCAACAACCGCUAAGGCAACCACUAAAACAUCAACUACCGAGAAGACUAUCACAGAGCCGACAACCACAAGGGCAACGACAACCAAAGCCACAACCGAGCCAACCACACAGAGGGCGACUACUGUAACAACUACAGCAGAACCAACCACUGAGAACUCUACAACUCAGAAGACAACCACAACUCAAUCUACAACAGAGCCAACGACAGCAAGGACAACAGAGCCUACUACUGAAACAUCUACACAGCCAACAACCGCAAAGGCAACUACUGAAACGUCAACAACCGCAAAGACAACUACUGCCAUAUCAACAACUGAAAAGUCUACUACAGAACCAACAACCGCUAAGGCAACCACUAAAACAUCAACUACCGAGAAGACUACCACAGAGCCAACAACCACAAGGGCAACCACAACCAAAGCCACAACCGAGCCAACCACACAGAAGGCGACUACCGUAAAAACUACAGCAGAACCAACCACUGAGAGCUCCACAACUCAGAAGACAACCACAACUCAAUCUACAACAGAGCCAACGACAGCAAGGACAACAGAGCCUACUACUGAAACAUCUACACAGCCAACAACCGCAAAGGCAAUUACUGAAACGUCAACAACCGCAAAGACAACUACUGCAAUAUCAACAACCGAAAAGUCUACUUCAGAGCCAACAACCGCUAAGGCAACCACCAAAACAUCAACUACCGAGAAGACUACCACAGAGCCGACAACCACAAGGGCAACGACAACCAAAGCCACAACCGAGCCAAUCACACAGAAGGCAACUACCGUAACAACUACAGCAGAACCAACCACUGAGAGCUCCACAACUCAGAGGACAACCACAACUCAAUCUACAACAGAGCCAACGACAGCAAGGACAACAGAGCCUUCUACUAAAACAUCAACAACCGAAAAGACUUCUACACAGCCAACAACCGCAAAAACAACUACUGCAACAUCAACAACCGAAAAGUCUACUUCAGAGCCAACAACUGCUAAGGCAACCACUAGAACAUCAACUACCGAGAAGACUACCAAAGAGCCGACAACCACAAGGGCAACGACAACCAAAGCCACAACCGAGCCAACCACACAGAGGGCGACUACCGUAACAACUACAGCAGAACCAACCACUGAGAACUCCACAACUCAGAAAACAACCACAACUCAAUCUACAACAGAGCCAACGACAGCAAGGACAACAGAGCCUACUACUGAAACAUCUACACAGCCAACAACCGCAAAGGCAACUACUGAAACGUCAACAACCGCAAAGACAACUACUGCCACAUCAACAACUGAAAAGUCUAGUACAGAACCAACAACCGCUAAGGCAACCACUAAAACAUCAACUACCGAGAAGACUACCACAGGGCCGAAAACCACAAGGGCAACGACAACCAAAGCCACAACCGAGCCAACCACACAGAGGGCGACUACCGUAACAACUACAGCAGAACCAACCACUGAGAACUCCACAACUCAGAAGACAACCACAACUCAAUCUACAACAGAGCCAACGACAGCAAGGACAACAGAGCCUACUACUGAAACAUCAACAACUGAAAAGUUUAGUACAGAACCAACAACCGCUAAGGCAACCACUAAAACAUCAACUACCGAGAAGACUACCACAGAGCCGACAACCACAAGGGCAACGACAACCAAAGCCACAACCGAGCCAACCACACAGAGGGCGACUACCGUAACAACUACAGCAGAACCAACCACUGAGAACUCCACAACUCAGAAAACAACCACAGCUCAAUCUACAACAGAUUCAACGACAGCGAGGACAACAGAGCCUACUACUGAAACAUCUACACAGCCAACAACCGCAAAGGCAACUACUGAAACGUCAACAACCGCAAAGACAACUACUGCCACAUCAACAACUGAAAAGUCUACUACAGAACCAACAACCGCUAAGGCAACCACUAAAACAUCAACUACCGAGAAGACUACCACAGAGCCGACAACCACAAGGGCAACGACAACCAAAGCCACAACCGAGCCAACCACACAGAAGGCGACUACCGUAAAAACUACAGCAGAACCAACCACUGAGAGCUCCACAACUCAGAAGACAACCACAACUCAAUCUACAACAGAGCCAACGACAGCAAGGACAACAGAGCCUACUACUGAAACAUCUACACAGCCAACAACCGCAAAGGCAAUUACUGAAACGUCAACAACCGCAAAGACAACUACUGCAAUAUCAACAACCGAAAAGUCUACUUCAGAGCCAACAACCGCUAAGGCAACCACCAAAACAUCAACUACCGAGAAGACUACCACAGAGCCGACAACCACAAGGGCAACGACAACCAAAGCCACAACCGAGCCAACCACACAGAAGGCGACUACCGUAAAAACUACAGCAGAACCAACCACUGAGAACUCCACAACUCAGAAGACAACCACAACUCAAUCUACAACAGAGCCAACGACAGCAAGGACAACAGAGCCUACUACUGAAACAUCUACACAGCCAACAACCGCAAAGGCAACUACUGAAACGUCAACAACCGCAAAGACAACUACUGCCACAUCAACAACUGAAAAGUCUAGUACAGAACCAACAACCGCUAAGGCAACUACUAUAACAUCAACUACCGAGAAGACUACCACAGAGCCGACAACCACAAGGGCAACGACAACCAAAGCCACAACCGAGUCAACCACACAGAAGGCGACUACCGUAACAACUACAGCAGAACCAACCACUGAGAACUCCACAACUCAGAAGACAACCACAACUCAAUCUACAACAGAGCCAACGACAGCAAGGACAACAGAGCCUACUACUGAAACAUCUACACAGCCAACAACCGCAAAGGCAAUUACUGAAACGUCAACAACCGCAAAGACAACUACUGCAAUAUCAACAACGGAAAAGUCUACUUCAGAGCCAACAACCGCUAAGGCAACCACCAAAACAUCAACUACCGAGAAGACUACCACAGAGCCGACAACCACAAGGGCAACGACAACCAAAGCCACAACCGAGCCAACCACACAGAGGGCGACUACCGUAAAAACUACAGCAGAACCAACCACUGAGAACUACACAACUCAGAAGACAACCACAACUCAAUCUACAACAGAGCCAACGACAGCAAGGACAACAGAGCCUACUACUGAAACAUCUACACAGCCAACAACCGCAAAGGCAAUUACUGAAACGUCAACAACCGCAAAGACAACUACUGCAAUAUCAACAACCGAAAAGUCUACUUCAGAGCCAACAACCGCUAAGGCAACCACCAAAACAUCAACUACCGAGAAGACUACCACAGAGCCGACAACCACAAGGGCAACGACAACCAAAGCCACAACCGAGCCAACCACACAGAAGGCGACUACCGUAAAAACUACAGCAGAACCAACCACUGAGAACUCCACAACUCAGAAGACAACCACAACUCAAUCUACAACAGAGCCAACGACAGCAAGGACAACAGAGCCUACUACUGAAACAUCUACACAGCCAACAACCGCAAAGACUACCACAGAGCCGACAACCACAAGGGCAACGACAACCAAAGCCACAACCGAGUCAACCACACAGAAGGCGACUACCGUAACAACUACAGCAGAACCAACCACUGAGAACUCCACAACUCAGAAGACAACCACAACUCAAUCUACAACAGAGCCAACGACAGCAAGGACAACAGAGCCUACUACUGAAACAUCUACACAGCCAACAACCGCAAAGGCAAUUACUGAAACGUCAACAACCGCAAAGACAACUACUGCAAUAUCAACAACGGAAAAGUCUACUUCAGAGCCAACAACCGCUAAGGCAACCACCAAAACAUCAACUACCGAGAAGACUACCACAGAGCCGACAACCACAAGGGCAACGACAACCAAAGCCACAACCGAGCCAACCACACAGAGGGCGACUACCGUAAAAACUACAGCAGAACCAACCACUGAGAACUACACAACUCAGAAGACAACCACAACUCCAACCACUAAAACAUCAACUACCGAGAAGACUACCACAGAGCCGACAACCACAAGGGCAACGACAACCAAAGCCACAACCGAGCCAACCACACAGAAGGCGACUACCGUAACAACUACAGCAGAACCAACCACUGAGAACUCCACAACUCAGAAGACAACCACAACUCCAACCACCAAAACAUCAACUACCGAGAAGACUACCACAGAGCCGACAACCACAAGGGCAACGACAACCAAAGCCACAACCGAGCCAACCACACAGAAGGCGACAACCGUAACAACUACAGCAGAACCAACCACUGAGAACUCCACAACUCAGAAGACAACCACAACUCCAACAACCGAAAAGUCUACUACAGAACCAACAACCGCUAAGGCAACCACCAAAACAUCAACUACCGAAAAGACAACCACAGAGCCGACAACCACAAGGGCAACGACAACCAAAGCCACAACCGAGCCAACCACACAGAAGGCGACUACCGUAAAAACUACAGCAGAACCAACCACUGAGAACUCCACAACUCAGAAGACAACCACAACUCCAACCACUAAAACAUCAACUACCGAGAAGACUACCACAGAGCCGACAACCACAAGGGCAACGACAACCAAAGCCACAACCGAGCCAACCACACAAAAGGCGACUACCGUAAAAACUACAGCUGAACCAACCACUGAGAGCUCGACAACUCAGAAGACAACCACAACUCAAUCUACAACAGAGCCAACGACAGCAAGGACAACAGAGCCUUCUACUAAAACAUCAACAACCGAAAAGACUUCUACACAGCCAAUAAUCGCAAAAACAACUACUGCAACAUCAACAACCGAAAGGACUACUACUGAACCAACAACCGCUAAGGCAACCACUAAAACAUCAACUACCGAGAAGACUACCACAGGUCCGACAACCACAAGGGCAACAUCAACCAAAGCCACAACCGAGCCAACCACACAGAAGGCGACUACCGUAAAAACUACAGCUGAACCAACCACUGAGAGGGCAACUACUGAAACGUCAACAACUGCAAAAUCAACUACUGCAACAUCAACAACCGAAAGGACUACUACAGAACCAACAACCGCUAAGGCAACCACUAAAACAUCAACUACCGAGAAGACUACCACAGGGCCGACAACCACAAGGGCAACAUCAACCAAAGCCACAACCGAGCCAACCACACAGAAGGCGACUACCGUAAAAACUACAGCAGAACCAACCACUGAGAACUCCACAACUCAGAAGACAACCACAACUCCAACCACUGAAACAUCAACUACCGAGAAGACUACCACAGAGCCGACAACCACAAGGGCAACGACAACCAAAGCCACAACCGAGCCAACCACACAGAAGGCGACUACCGUAAAAACUACAGCAGAACCAACCACUGAGAGCUCCACAACUCAGAAGACAACCACAACUCAAUCUACAACAGAGCCAAUGACAGCAAGAACAACAGAGCCUUCUACUAAAACAUCAACAACUGAAAAGACUUCUACACAGCCAACAACCGCAAAAACAACUACUGCAACAUCAACAACCGAAAAGUCUACUACAGAACCAACAACCGCUAAGGCAACCACCAAAACAUCAACUACCGAGAAGACAACCACAGAGCCGACAACCACAAGGGCAACGACAACCAAAGCCACAACCGAGCCAACCACACAGAAGGCGACUACCGUACAAACUACAGCAGAACCAACCACUGAGAACUCCACAACUCAGAAAACAACCACAACUCAAUCUACAACAGAGCCAACGACAGCAAGGACAACAGAGCCUUCUACUAAAACAUCUACACAGCCAACAACCGCAAAGGCAACUACUGAAACGUCAACAACCGCAAAGACAACUACUGCCACAUCAACAACUGAAAAGUCUAGUACAGAACCAACAACCGCUAAGGCAACCACUAAAACAUCAACUACCGAGAAGACUACCACAGAGCCGACAACCACAAGGGCAACGACAACCAAAGCCACAACCGAGCCAACCACACAGAAGGCGACUACCGUAAAAACUACAGCAGAACCAACCACUGAGAGCUCCACAACUCAGAAGACAACCACAACUCAAUCUACAACAGAGCCAACGACAGCAAGAACAACAGAGCCUUCUACUAAAACAUCAACAACUGAAAAGACUUCUACACAGCCAACAACCGCAAAAACAACUACUGCAACAUCAACAACCGAAAAGUCUACUACAGAACCAACAACCGCUAAGGCAACCACCAAAACAUCAACUACCGAGAAGACAACCACAGAGCCGACAACCACAAGGGCAACGACAACCAAAGCCACAACCGAGCCCACCACACAGAAGGCGACUACCGUAACAACUACAGCAGAACCAACCACUGAGAACUCCACAACUCAGAAGACAACCACAACUCAAUCUACAACAGAGCCAACGACAGCAAGGACUACAGAGCCUACUACUGAAACAUCUAUACAGCCAACAACCGCAAAGGCAACUAAUGAAACGUCAACAACCGCAAAAACAACUACUGCAACAUCAACAACCGAAAGGACUACUACAGAACCAACAACCGCUAAGGCAACCACUAAAACAUCAACUACCGAGAAGACUACCACAGGGCCGACAACCACAAGGGCAACAUCAACCAAAGCCCCAACCGAGCCAACCACACAGAAGGCGACUACCGUAACAACUACAGCAGAACCAACCACUGAGAGCUCCACAACUCAGAGGACAACCACAACUCAAUCUACAACAAAGCCAACGACAGCAAGGACAACAGAGCCUUCUACUAAAACAUCAACAACUGAAAAGACUUCUACACAGCCAACAAUCGCAAAAACAACUACUGCAACAUCAACAACCGAAAAGUCUGCUACAGAACCAACAACCGCUAAGGCAACCACCAAAACAUCAACUACCGAGAAGACUACCACAGGGCCGACAACCACAAGGGCAACAUCAACCAAAGCCACAACCGAGCCAACCACACAGAAGGCGACUACCGUAAAAACUACAGCAGAACCAACCACUGAGAACUCCACAACUCAGAAGACAACCACAACUCAAUCUACAACAGAGCCAACGACAGCAAGGACAACAGAGCCUACUACUGAAACAUCUACACAGCCAACAACCGCAAAGGCAACUACUGAAACGUCAACAACCGCAAAGACAACUACUGCCACAUCAACAACUGAAAAGUCUAGUACAGAACCAACAACCGCUAAGGCAACCACUAAAACAUCAACUACCGAGAAGACUACCACAGAGCCGACAACCACAAGGGCAACGUCAACAAAAGCCACAAGCGAGCCAACCACACAGAAGGCGACUACCGUAAAAACUACAGCAAAACCAACCACUGAGAACUCCACAACUCAGAAGACAACCACAACUCAAUCUACAACAGAGCCAACGACAGCAAGGACAAUAGAGCCUUCUACUAAAACAUCAACAACCGAAAAGACUUCUACACAGCCAAUAACCGCAAAAACAACUACUGCAACAUCAACAACCGAAAGGACUACUACAGAACCAACAACCGCUAAGGCAACCACUAAAACAUCAACUACCGAGAAGACUACCACAGGGCCGACAACCACAAGGGCAACAUCAACCAAAGCCACAACCGAGCCAACCACACAGAAGGCGACUACCGUAAAAACUACAGCAGAACCAACCACUGAGAACUCCACAACUCAGAAGACAACCACAACUCAAUCUACAACAGAGCCAACGACAGCAAGGACAACAGAGCCUACUACUGAAACAUCUACACAGCCAACAACCGCAAAGGCAACUACUGAAACGUCAACAACCGCAAAGACAACUACUGCCACAUCAACAACUGAAAAGUCUAGUACAGAACCAACAACCGCUAAGGCAACCACUAAAACAUCAACUACCGAGAAGACUACCACAGAGCCGACAACCACAAGGGCAACGACAACCAAAGCCACAACCGAGCCAACCACACAGAAGGCGACUACCGUAAAAACUACAGCAGAACCAACCACUGAGAGCUCCACAACUCAGAAGACAACCACAACUCAAUCUACAACAGAGCCAACGACAGCAAGAACAACAGAGCCUUCUACUAAAACAUCAACAACUGAAAAGACUUCUACACAGCCAACAACCGCAAAAACAACUACUGCAACAUCAACAACCGAAAAGUCUACUACAGAACCAACAACCGCUAAGGCACCCACUAAAACAUCAACUACCGAGAAGACUACCACAGGGCCGACAACCACAAGGGCAACAUCAACCAAAGCCACAACCGAGCCAACCACACAGAAGGCGACUACCGUAACAACUACAGCAGAACCAACCACUGAGGGCUCCACAACUCAGAGGACAACCACAACUCAAUCUACAACAAAGCCAACGACAGCAAGGACAACAGAGCCUUCUACUAAAACAUCAACAACUGAAAAGACUUCUACACAGCCAACAAUCGCAAAAACAACUACUGCAACAUCAACAACCGAAAAGUCUACUACAGAACCAACAACCGCUAAGGCAACCACCAAAACAUCAACUACCGAGAAGACAACCACAGAGCCGACAACCACAAGGGCAACGACAACCAAAGCCACAACCGAGCCAACCACACAGAAGGCGACUACCGUAACAACUACAGCAGAACCAACCACUGAGAACUCCACAACUCAGAAGACAACCACAACUCAAUCUACAACAGAGCCAACGACAGCAAGGACUAAAGAGCCUACUACUGAAACAUCUAUACAGCCAACAACCGCAAAGGCAACUAAUGAAACGUCAACAACCGCAAAAACAACUACUGCAACAUCAACAACCGAAAGGACUACUACAGAACCAACAACCGCUAAGGCAACCACUAAAACAUCAACUACCGAGAAGACUACCACAGGGCCGACAACCACAAGGGCAACAUCAACCAAAGCCACAACCGAGCCAACCACACAGAAGGCGACUACCGUAACAACUACAGCAGAACCAACCACUGAGAGCUCCACAACUCAGAGGACAACCACAACUCAAUCUACAACAAAGCCAACGAUAGCAAGGACAACAGAGCCUUCUACUAAAACAUCAACAACUGAAAAGACUUCUACACAGCCAACAAUCGCAAAAACAACUACUGCAACAUCAACAACCGAAAAGUCUGCUACAGAACCAACAACCGCUAAGGCAACCACCAAAACAUCAACUACCGAGAAGACUACCACAGGGCCGACAACCACAAGGGCAACAUCAACCAAAGCCACAACCGAGCCAACCACACAGAAGGCGACUACCGUAACAACUACAGCAGAACCAACCACUGAGAACUCCACAACUCAGAAGACAACCACAACUCAAUCUACAACAGAGCCAACGACAGCAAGGACUACAGAGCCUACUACUGAAACAUCUAUACAGCCAACAACCGCAAAGGCAACUAAUGAAACGUCAACAACCGCAAAAACAACUACUGCAACAUCAACAACCGAAAGGACUACUACAGAACCAACAACCGCUAAGGCAACCACUAAAACAUCAACUACCGAGAAGACUACCACAGGGCCGACAACCACAAGGGCAACAUCAACCAAAGCCACAACCGAGCCAACCACACAGAAGGCGACUACCGUAACAACUACAGCAGAACCAACCACUGAGAGCUCCACAACUCAGAGGACAACCACAACUCAAUCUACAACAAAGCCAACGACAGCAAGGACAACAGAGCCUUCUACUAAAACAUCAACAACUGAAAAGACUUCUACACAGCCAACAAUCGCAAAAACAACUACUGCAACAUCAACAACCGAAAAGUCUGCUACAGAACCAACAACCGCUAAGGCAACCACCAAAACAUCAACUACCGAGAAGACUACCACAGGGCAGACAACCACAAGGGCAACAUCAACCAAAGCCACAACCGAGCCAACCACACAGAAGGCGACUACCGUAAAAACUACAGCAGAACCAACCACUGAGAACUCCACAACUCAGAAGACAACCACAACUCAAUCUACAACAGAGCCAACGACAGCAAGGACAAUAGAGCCUUCUACUAAAACAUCAACAACCGAAAAGACUUCUACACAGCCAAUAACCGCAAAAACAACUACUGCAACAUCAACAACCGAAAGGACUACUACAGAACCAACAACCGCUAAGGCAACCACUAAAACAUCAACUACCGAGAAGACUACCACAGGGCCGACAACCACAAGGGCAACAUCAACCAAAGCCACAACCGAGCCAACCACACAGAAGGCGACUACCGUAACAACUACAGCAGAACCAACCACUGAGAGCUCCACAACUCAGAGGACAACCACAACUCAAUCUACAACAAAGCCAACGAUAGCAAGGACAACAGAGCCUUCUACUAAAACAUCAACAACUGAAAAGACUUCUACACAGCCAACAAUCGCAAAAACAACUACUGCAACAUCAACAACCGAAAAGUCUGCUACAGAACCAACAACCGCUAAGGCAACCACCAAAACAUCAACUACCGAGAAGACUACCACAGGGCCGACAACCACAAGGGCAACAUCAACCAAAGCCACAACCGAGCCAACCACACAGAAGGCGACUACCGUAACAACUACAGCAGAACCAACCACUGAGAACUCCACAACUCAGAAGACAACCACAACUCAAUCUACAACAGAGCCAACGACAGCAAGGACUACAGAGCCUACUACUGAAACAUCUAUACAGCCAACAACCGCAAAGGCAACUAAUGAAACGUCAACAACCGCAAAAACAACUACUGCAACAUCAACAACCGAAAGGACUACUACAGAACCAACAACCGCUAAGGCAACCACUAAAACAUCAACUACCGAGAAGACUACCACAGGGCCGACAACCACAAGGGCAACAUCAACCAAAGCCACAACCGAGCCAACCACACAGAAGGCGACUACCGUAACAACUACAGCAGAACCAACCACUGAGAGCUCCACAACUCAGAGGACAACCACAACUCAAUCUACAACAAAGCCAACGACAGCAAGGACAACAGAGCCUUCUACUAAAACAUCAACAACUGAAAAGACUUCUACACAGCCAACAAUCGCAAAAACAACUACUGCAACAUCAACAACCGAAAAGUCUGCUACAGAACCAACAACCGCUAAGGCAACCACCAAAACAUCAACUACCGAGAAGACUACCACAGGGCAGACAACCACAAGGGCAACAUCAACCAAAGCCACAACCGAGCCAACCACACAGAAGGCGACUACCGUAAAAACUACAGCAGAACCAACCACUGAGAACUCCACAACUCAGAAGACAACCACAACUCAAUCUACAACAGAGCCAACGACAGCAAGGACAAUAGAGCCUUCUACUAAAACAUCAACAACCGAAAAGACUUCUACACAGCCAAUAACCGCAAAAACAACUACUGCAACAUCAACAACCGAAAGGACUACUACAGAACCAACAACCGCUAAGGCAACCACUAAAACAUCAACUACCGAGAAGACUACCACAGGGCCGACAACCACAAGGGCAACAUCAACCAAAGCCACAACCGAGCCAACCACACAGAAGGCGACUACCGUAAAAACUACAGCAGAACCAACCACUGAGAACUCCACAACUCAGAAGACAACCACAACUCAAUCUACAACAGAGCCAACGACAGCAAGGACAACAGAGCCUACUACUGAAACAUCUACACAGCCAACAACCGCAAAGGCAACUACUGAAACGUCAACAACCGCAAAGACAACUACUGCCACAUCAACAACUGAAAAGUCUAGUACAGAACCAACAACCGCUAAGGCAACCACUAAAACAUCAACUACCGAGAAGACUACCACAGAGCCGACAACCACAAGGGCAACGUCAACAAAAGCCACAAGCGAGCCAACCACACAGAAGGCGACUACCGUAAAAACUACAGCAAAACCAACCACUGAGAACUCCACAACUCAGAAGACAACCACAACUCAAUCUACAACAGAGCCAACGACAGCAAGGACAAUAGAGCCUUCUACUAAAACAUCAACAACCGAAAAGACUUCUACACAGCCAAUAACCGCAAAAACAACUACUGCAACAUCAACAACCGAAAGGACUACUACAGAACCAACAACCGCUAAGGCAACCACUAAAACAUCAACUACCGAGAAGACUACCACAGGGCCGACAACCACAAGGGCAACAUCAACCAAAGCCACAACCGAGCCAACCACACAGAAGGCGACUACCGUAAAAACUACAGCAGAACCAACCACUGAGAACUCCACAACUCAGAAGACAACCACAACUCAAUCUACAACAGAGCCAACGACAGCAAGGACAACAGAGCCUACUACUGAAACAUCUACACAGCCAACAACCGCAAAGGCAACUACUGAAACGUCAACAACCGCAAAGACAACUACUGCCACAUCAACAACUGAAAAGUCUAGUACAGAACCAACAACCGCUAAGGCAACCACUAAAACAUCAACUACCGAGAAGACUACCACAGAGCCGACAACCACAAGGGCAACGACAACCAAAGCCACAACCGAGCCAACCACACAGAAGGCGACUACCGUAAAAACUACAGCAGAACCAACCACUGAGAGCUCCACAACUCAGAAGACAACCACAACUCAAUCUACAACAGAGCCAACGUCAGCAAGGACAACAGAGCCUACUACUGAAACAUCUACACAGCCAACAACCGCAAAGGCAACUACUGAAACGUCAACAACCGCAAAGACAACUACUGCCACAUCAACAACUGAAAAGUCUAGUACAGAACAAACAACCGCUAAGGCAACCACUAAAACAUCAACUACCGAGAAGACUACCACAGAGCCGACAACCACAAGGGCAACAUCAACCAAAGCCACAACCGAGCCAACCACACAGAAGGCGACUACCGUAAAAACUACAGCAGAACCAACCACUGAGAGCUCCACAACUCAGAAGACAACCACAACUCAAUCUACAACAGAGCCAACGACAGCAAGGACAACAGAGCCUACUACUGAAAUAUCUACACAGCCAACAACCGCAAAGGCAACUACUGAAACGUCAACAACCGCAAAGACAACUACUGCCACAUCAACAACUGAAAAGUCUAGUACAGAACCAACAACCACUAAGGCAACCACUAAAACAUCAACUACCGAGAAGACUACCACAGAGCCGACAACCACAAGGGCAACGACAACCAAAGCCACAACCGAGCCAACCACACAGAAGGCGACUACCGUAAAAACUACAGCAGAACCAACCACUGAGAGCUCCACAACUCAGAAGACAACCACAACUCAAUCUACAACAGAGCCAACGACAGCAAGAACAACAGAGCCUUCUACUAAAACAUCAACAACUGAAAAGACUUCUACACAGCCAACAAUCGCAAAAACAACUACUGCAACAUCAACAACCGAAAAGUCUACUACAGAACCAACAACCGCUAAGGCAACCACCAAAACAUCAACUACCGGUAAGACAACCACAGAACCGACAACCACAAGGGCAAAGACAACCAAAGCCACAACCGAGCCAACCACACAGAAGGUGACAACCGUAACAACUACAGCAGAACCAACCACUGAGAACUCCACAACUCAGAAGACAACCACAACUCAGUCUACAACAGAGCCAACGACAGCAAGGACAACAGAGCCUACUACUGAAACAUCUACACAGGCAACAACCGCAAUGGCAACUACUGAAACGUCAACAACUGCAAAGACUACUUCUGCCACAUCAACAACUGAAAAGUCUAGUACAGAACCAACAACCCCUAAAGCAACCACUAAAACAUCAACUACCGAGAAGACUACCACAGGGCCGACAACCACAAGGGCAACGACAACCAAAGCCACAACCGAGCCAACCACACAGAAGGCGACUACCGUAACAACUACAGCAGAACCAACCACUGAGAGCUCCACAACUCAGAGGACACCCACAACUCAAUCUACAACAAAGCCAACGACAGCAAGGACAAUAGAGCCUUCUACUGAAACAUCAACAUCCCAGAAGACUUCUACGCAGCCAACAACCGCAAAGACAACUAGUAAGACAUCAACAACCGAAAAGACUACUACAGAACCAACAACCGCUAAGGCAACCACUAAAACAUCAACUACCGAGAAGACUACCACAGGGCCGACAACCACAAGGGCAACAUCAACCAAAGCCACAACCGAGCCAACCACACAGAAGGCGACUACCGUAAAAACUACAGCAGAACCAACCACUGAGAACUCCACAACUCAGAAGACAACCACAACUCAAUCUACAACAGAGCCAACGACAGCAAGGACAACAGAGCCUACUACUGAAACAUCUACACAGCCAACAACCGCAAAGGCAACUACUGAAACGUCAACAACCGCAAAGAUAACUACUGCCACAUCAACAACUGAAAAGUCUAGUACAGAACCAACAACCGCUAAGGCAGCCACUAAAACAUCAACUACCGAGAAGACUACCACAGAGCCGACAACCACAAGGGCAACGACAACCAAAGCCACAACCGAGCCAACCACACAGAAGGCGACUACCGUAAAAACUACAGCAGAACCAACCACUGAGAGCUCCACAACUCAGAAGACAACCACAACUCAAUCUACAACAAAGCCAACGACAGCAAGGACAACAGAGCCUUCUACUAAAACAUCAACAACCGAAAAGACUUCUACACAGCCAAUAACCGCAAAAACAACUACUGCAACAUCAACAACCGAAAGGACUACUACAGAACCAACAACCGCUAAGGCAACCACUAAAACAUCAACUACCGAGAAGACUACCACAGGGCCGACAACCACAAGGGCAACAUCAACCAAAGCCACAACCGAGCCAACCACACAGAAGGCGACUACCGUAACAACUACAGCAGAACCAACCACUGAGAACUCCACAACUCAGAAGACAACCACAACUCAAUCUACAACAGAGCCAACGACAGCAAGGACAACAGAGCCUACUACUGAAACAUCUACACAGCCAACAACCGCAAAGGCAACUACUGAAACGUCAACAACCGCAAAGACAACUACUGCCACAUCAACAACUGAAAAGUCUAGUACAGAACCAACAACCGCUAAGGCAACCACUAAAACAUCAACUACCGAGAAGACUACCACAGAGCCGACAACCACAAGGGCAACGUCAACAAAAGCCACAAGCGAGCCAACCACACAGAAGGCGACUACCGUAAAAACUACAGCAAAACCAACCACUGAGAACUCCACAACUCAGAAGACAACCACAACUCAAUCUACAACAGAGCCAACGACAGCAAGGACAAUAGAGCCUUCUACUAAAACAUCAACAACCGAAAAGACUUCUACACAGCCAAUAACCGCAAAAACAACUACUGCAACAUCAACAACCGAAAGGACUACUACAGAACCAACAACCGCUAAGGCAACCACUAAAACAUCAACUACCGAGAAGACUACCACAGGGCCGACAACCACAAGGGCAACAUCAACCAAAGCCACAACCGAGCCAACCACACAGAAGGCGACUACCGUAAAAACUACAGCAGAACCAACCACUGAGAACUCCACAACUCAGAAGACAACCACAACUCAAUCUACAACAGAGCCAACGACAGCAAGGACAACAGAGCCUACUACUGAAACAUCUACACAGCCAACAACCGCAAAGGCAACUACUGAAACGUCAACAACCGCAAAGACAACUACUGCCACAUCAACAACUGAAAAGUCUAGUACAGAACCAACAACCGCUAAGGCAACCACUAAAACAUCAACUACCGAGAAGACUACCACAGAGCCGACAACCACAAGGGCAACGACAACCAAAGCCACAACCGAGCCAACCACACAGAAGGCGACUACCGUAAAAACUACAGCAGAACCAACCACUGAGAGCUCCACAACUCAGAAGACAACCACAACUCAAUCUACAACAGAGCCAACGACAGCAAGAACAACAGAGCCUUCUACUAAAACAUCAACAACUGAAAAGACUUCUACACAGCCAACAACCGCAAAAACAACUACUGCAACAUCAACAACCGAAAAGUCUACUACAGAACCAACAACCGCUAAGGCAACCACCAAAACAUUAACUACCGGUAAGACAACCACAGAACCGACAACCACAAGGGCAACGACAACCAAAGCCACAACCGAGCCAACCACACAGAAGGCGACUACCGUAACAACUACAGCAGAACCAACCACUGAGAACUCCACAACUCAGAAGACAACCACAACUCAGUCUACAACAGAGCCAACGACAGCAAGGACAACAGAGCCUACUACUGAAACAUCUACACAGGCAACAACCGCAAUGGCAACUACUGAAACGUCAACAACCGCAAAGACUACUUCUGCCACAUCAACAACCGAAAAGUCUAGUACAGAACCAACAACCCCUAAAGCAACCACUAAAACAUCAACUACCGAGAAUACUACCACAGGGCCGACAACCACAAGGGCAACGACAACCAAAGCCACAACCGAGCCAACCACACAGAAGGCGACUACCGUAACAACUACAGCAGAACCAACCACUGAGAACUCCACAACUCAGAGGACAACCACAACUCAAUCUACAACAAAGCCAACGACAGCAAGGACAACAGAGCCUUCUACUAAAACAUCAACAACUGAAAAGACUUCUACACAGCCAACAAUCGCAAAAACAACUACUGCAACAUCAACAACCGAAAAGUCUACUACAGAACCAACAACCGCUAAGGCAACCACCAAAACAUCAACUACCGAGAAGACAACCACAGAGCCGACAACCACAAGGGCAACGACAACCAAAGCCACAACCGAGCCAACCACACAGAAGGCGACUACCGUAACAACUACAGCAGAACCAACCACUGAGAACUCCACAACUCAGAAGACAACCACAACUAAAUCUACAACAGAGCCAACGACAGCAAGGACUACAGAGCCUUCUACUAAAACAUCAACAACUGAAAAGACUUCUACACAGCCAACAAUCGCAAAAACAACUACUGCAACAUCAACAACCGAAAAGUCUACUACAGAACCAACAACCGCUAAGGCAACCACCAAAACAUCAACUACCGAGAAUACUACCACAGGGCCGACAACCACAAGGGCAACGACAACCAAAGCCACAACCGAGCCAACCACACAGAAGGCGACUACCGUAACAACUACAGCAGAACCAACCACUGAGAACUCCACAACUCAGAGGACAACCACAACUCAAUCUACAACAAAGCCAACGACAGCAAGGACAACAGAGCCUUCUACUAAAACAUCAACAACUGAAAAGACUUCUACACAGCCAACAAUCGCAAAAACAACUACUGCAACAUCAACAACCGAAAAGUCGACUACAGAACCAACAACCGCUAAGGCAACCACUAAAACAUCAACUACCGAGAAGACUACCACAGGGCCGACAACCACAAGGGCAACGUCAACAAAAGCCACAACCGAGCCAACCACACAGAAGGCGACUACCGUAAAAACUACAGCAGAACCAACCACUGAGAACUCCACAAUUCAGAAGACAACCACAACUCAAUCUACAACAGAGCCAACGACAGCAAGGACAAUAGAGCCUUCUACUGAAACAUCAACAUCCCAGAAGACUUCUACGCAGCCAACAACCGCAAAGACAACUAGUAAGACAUCAACAACCGAAAAGACUACCACAGAACCACUAACCACAAGGGCAACUACAACCAAAGCCAUAACCGAGCCCACAACCCAGAAGGCGACUACUGUGAAAAUUUCCUCUUCCUUUGCCACCUCUACCACCUGCGUUGCCUCCGUUGCCACCAUUGCCCCCACCGCCACCACUUCCACAACUGCCACCACUUCCACAACUGCCACCACUUCCACAACUGCCACAACUUCCACAACUGCCACAACUUAA